CGGCACUUGAACACUUUGGAACACCAGGCUUAUACGGUUCUGCAUUGGGGGGCAAAAUAUGGGAAUGCAGACAUCAUCAAAAUCUUCGCUGGGAAGUACAAGGUCGACGUCAAUGGCAAAACGAAUGGGGGAUAUACACCUUUGCAUAUAUCAGCGCAAUUCGGACAUAAACAUAUCUUCAAGUUAUUAAUAGAAGUCUACAAGGCUGACACGAAUAUAAGGGAUUACAGCGGUAGGACGCCGGAAUUCUACCUUCUAGCAAAGGAACAGAAAGAGGGGACCGGCAUAACUUUGCGCAAGAUAAAAGGGAGAAAAAAACAAUCAGAAAAGGAUUUAGGUUUCUUGAGAAUCGGUUCACUGAAUGUCCGCGUCAAGAAAACCACAGAAGCUUUUAGUAAUUUCCUGGGAGUAGGAGGAGGAGCUAUCAAUCCGGGGGAUGCGGUUAAUGAGAAAGUUCUUAAAGGUUGGGGAUCUGCUGAUAAUGUCAGUAAGGAAGAGAUGGCUGCGCCAAAGGGCUAUGUGUCAAAAAAGAGGCCAAAGAGGACCUACGAAUCUGGACGUAACAGUACACCAUCUACUCCCAAAACACCAACAAAAAAUUUCAACUCUGUCAAUUGUAAUGACUCAGAUUCAGACACAGCAGCGGGCUUUGACUCGAAUUGGAAAAAUUAGUCUUAAAGAGUUAAUUCGAAUACUUAAGCAUCACACUUUGUAUGUAUAUGUCUGUUUAAAUUUAUGUUUGUGUUUGUAGCUAUUUAUUACAAAUUUUAUACUGAUAAAAGGUGAUAUGUGUUAUUGAAUAAAAAAAAG